CCAGCCAUACCGAAAGAAGCUAGCAGGGUAGCCACCAACGAGAGCAAGGCAUGCAUGGAGCUCGCAGCGGCGGCUCUGGGAAGCCUCCUCCCCAAGCUUGGCACCCUUCUCAGCGAUGAAUACAAGCUGCAGAAGGGGGUCAGGGGGGAGAUCAGGUUCCUUCAAGCUGAGAUGGAGAGCAUGCAGGCUGCCCUUAACAGGGCGUCGAAGCUGCCGGCUCAUCAGAUUGAUGAGCUUAACAAGAUCUGGGUGAGGGACUUGAAGGAGCUGGUCUAUGACAUUGAGGACAGUGUUGAUGCUUUCAAGGUUCGUGUCGAUAAUGAUCCUGAACACGCCAAGGCGCAUAGCUUCAGAAGAUUUUUCGACAGGACCAUUGGCUUGCUGACCAAGGCCAAGAGUCGCCAUCAUAUCGCUGAUGACAUCCAAGACAUCAAGAGACGCAUCGAUGAGGUUUCCAAAAGGAAAGAAAGGUACAACUCUUUAGGUGUUGGAGUGCCACAGCCUGACACUGUCGAUAUUGAUCCACGCAUGCCGUCUCUCUACCAAGAUGCAGCAAAGCUCGUUGGCAUCGAUGGCCCUACACAGAAGCUUAUCGACUUGCUAACAAGAGUAGAAGGUGUGAAAAAACAGAAGCUAAGGGUUGUCUCUAUUGUUGGGGUGGGAGGCCUGGGCAAAACAACCAUUGCCAAUUCCGUGUAUGAAAGAUUACGGGGACAAUUUGAGAGUCAUGCUUUUGUGUCGGUGUCACUUAAACCAGACAUGAAGCAGAUUCUCAGCAGCAUACUCCGGCAAGUUAGUAAAGACAAGUGUACUAAUGCUGGAGAAAAGGAUCGGGAUGAACUUCUAAGGAGCAUCCGGGAUUUCCUCGUCAAUAAGAGGUACCUCAUUGUAAUUGAUGAUGUAUGGAAUGUAGAAGCAUGGGAAAUCAUCAAAUGUGCUCUUAUUGACAAGAAUGUUGGCAGCAGAGUUAUUGUGACAACCCGUAAAAUGGAUGUGGCUAAAUUCUCUUCAAUGGAUGGUGAACUGUAUGAACUGGAUCGUCUCUCUGAGAAGGACUCCAGAAGACUUCUUUGUAAAAGGAUAUUUAGCGAAGAUGUUGGAAUUCAUUCUGAUCUGGAAGAGGUAACAAUGAAAAUUUUGAAGAAGUGUGGAGGGAUACCAUUAGCUAUCAUUACUAUAGCAAGUAUGUUGGCUAGUAUGCCCAGAACAAAGUAUGAAUGGUAUGGUGUUCACAAUUCUAUGGGUUCUGGACUUGAAACAGACAAGACACUAGAUAAGAUGAGAAAUAUAUUACAUCUUAGUUAUAAUGAACUGCCUUUCUAUCUAAAGCCUUGUUUAUUAUAUCUGAGCAUGUUUCCCGAGGAUUUCGAGAUUCGAAUAAAUGAUUUGGUACGACUUUGGUUAGCAGAGGGUUUUAUCUAUGGAAAACAGGGGAGCAAUUUGUAUGAUAUUGGAGAGAAGUAUUUCAAUGAGCUUGUUAAUAGAAGCAUGAUUCAGCUGGUAGAAAUCAAUGAAUUUGGUGUUGCAAAAACUUGUAGAGUACACGAUAUGAUACUUGAUCUCAUCAUUUCCCUUUCAACACAAGAAAAUUUUGCCAUUAUACUUGACGGUUCGCACCUCAAAUCUACAAUGCACGGUAUUCGACGAAUAUCAUUGCAUGAUAAAGUAGAUGGCAACCGAGAAGAUAGCAAGGAAGAACAAAUUAUACUACCAACAACAGUAAGCAUAUCCCAUGCCAGGUCACUCGUUGUUUUCGGCAAUGCAGUUCAAUUGAUGCCACAUCUGUCAUGGUUUUCAGUUCUUCGUGUUUUAUGUUUGAAAAAUGUUCCUAGUAAGGUUAUUCAUCCCAAGGAUCUAGGGAGUUUGCACCACUUGAGAUAUCUAGAAUUAGGUGGAGAGGUUGAACCAGGGCUUCUAGAAGGAAUUGGAAAUCUAAAGCUUCUGAAGACAUUGGAUUUGUGGGGCCCGUCCAUAAAAGAACUGCCAACAAGCAUUGUUGAGCUACAAGGACUUGAACAUCUAAUCAUGGAUGAGUUUACGGGGUUGAAGCUUCCAGAUGGGAUUGGUAAUCUGACUUCCCUGCAAGAGCUGUCAGGGCUCGAUGUGAACAACUCACCAAGUACUCUGACUGAGCUAGGUAAGCUUACAGAACUACGGACGCUGGCAAUAAAAGGAUUAGGUGAAAAUGAGAGUUACAUGAAGACUUUCUUGCAGAGUCUAUCUAAUCUAGGCAACCUUCGCACUCUUGAAUUUUAUGAUGGCUCUGGAGGGGGCCUGUACAUCUACAGAGCUUUAAAGGGUACUUUUCAACCUUCUCUGCGUUGCCACGGUGGUUUUCGUCCCUCUCUGAGCUAUCCUGCUUGUCCAUCAGGGUCAAUGUGCUAAGACAGGUUGAUCUCCAACUGCUUGGAGCUUUACCCGUGCUACGUUUUCUAAACUUACAAGUGGAAUCUGGUGGCGUCACUGAAGAACGGUUGGCCAUUGGUGGUGACCAGUCCUUCCGCUCUCUAGCAAAGUUUAAGUUUAUGUACUAUUCAAGAUGCUGGCUGGUGUUUGGACCAGGAGCGAUGCCAAAGCUUCAAAGGCUUGAGUUGUACUUAGAAGCACAGAAGACAGCGGGUGGUGGUAUCGAUGUUGGCUGGGAGAACCUCACGUCCCUUAAACAUGUAACCGUCAGAGUUACGUGUAAGGGAGCCAGGGCCAGGGAGGUGGAGGAUGUCGAGACCAGAAUCAGGGAUGUAGUUGGCAGCCAUCCGAACCAUCCAACUCUCAAGCUGUCAAGAGUUUCGGAACCAGAUGAGGACAAAGAUGUCCGUGAGGCUUCGGAGCAGCAACGUGUCAUAUGAUUGGCUAUCAGUUAGGACUUGCAGACUGCCGACGACGGAAAGGAAGUUAAGCCAGGUGUCCGAUUGGGACUUGCAGGCUUCCGAAUUCGAUUCUUAGCCAUCCAUAAUCUAAUAUUUUCCUAAAAUAAUCCUUCUUUGGUGUCCUCCCCUGUUUCUAUUUGUGUUGCCCCCUGCUUCUAUUAUUGUCCUUCCCAAUUCUGCUUUGCACCCCAAUCUGGCAUCUCUUUGCCGCAUCCCCCCAUUGUUCACGUCCUCAUUUGCUGCAUGCAAGUUUCUAAGUCAUUCCAUCAGUUCACAACAUUUCACUUUACUAGCAUUUCUCCAUAGUUUAUUUGUUUCGCACCAAAUUAUGCUUCUAUAAACCAAAAAAAAAUUCUCUAUUAUGAAAGAAAAACAAUAUCAUCCAUUGUUAUAAAAAAAACUCCAUUCUAUGCUUGAAAAAUAGAUCCACUCCUUAUCAAAAAACAAAAAAAAGUCUGUUAUUAUGCUUUUUGGUGUCAUGCACCCUUUAAACAAAAAAAUCACCUCUAUUUCAGCUUGUUGUUUUGAGUCUUCCAAUCAGUCAGUGCCAUUAUGUUACUACACACAUUUCACUUCUAUUUGGAUUUCUCCGUACUCUAUUUCCUGUUCUUGCUUAGUUCUCCGCUUUAACAAAAAAAAGUCCAUCUCUAUUAUGCAUAAAAAAA